AUGUCGUCGUCAAUUACUUCUUCUUCUGAUCCAAAACGUCCCAACGCUGUUCCAUAUCAUUCACCAAUAAAAGAUAUUGAUGAAAUUGAUCGUGAUGUCUAUGGAAUUACAUCACUUUUAUUAACAUUGAUGUUUGCUGUAGUUUCAGUGACUAAUGAGAAAAUAUCAGAUCAAGAUCCAAAUAGUGGAAGGACAUCCGGAUUCACUGGUCUUUUGUAA